AUGAGUCCACCCGUCAUCGUCUUUGGUGCUACUGGUCACGUGGGCUCGGCGGCUGCCAUAGCAGCCGAGCAGCACGGCGUGUCAGUGGUUCUCGCCCUACGUGACAUCUCCAAGCCAAUUCCGGGUCUUAGCUCGGAGGAGGAAAAGGCUCGCAACUUUCAGAGAGUUUCAGCGGACCUGACCAAGCCUGAGACGGUGGAAGCUGCUGUACGCACCACUGGGGCAAAACAUGCGUUCAUCUACCUGAUCCACGGCGAUACAGGUUACGGCAAGGCUGCAAUCGAGGCCCUCAAGACUGCCGGCAUCGAGUUUGUCGUGCUUCUGAGCACCGCCAUGGUCCAGGGGGACAUUACCAAGAUCACCCCGGAAACCUAUGUCCGAUACGCGCAUGCGCAGUAUGAGAUCCAGCUCGCAACAAUAUUCGGUCGCGGCGCAUACGUCGCUCUCCGGCCUGCCUUCUUCAACACCAACGUGCGCUGGUGGACAGCUAUGAUCGCCGAGGGCGAGGUCAGGAUUCCUUACCCGGAUACCAUACUAGAUUGGCUUGCGCCAGAGGAUAUCGGCAAGGCCGCGGCCACAUUGCUCGUCCAGGGACCUGAGGCUUUGCCUAGUGGCGUCGAAGGGCCGGAGACCGCCAUCACCCUCUGCGGACCCAAACUCUUGUCAAUCCGGGACGCUAUUGGCAUUUUCGGCAAGGUUCUACCACGAGACAUCAAAAUUACCCAGAUCGACGCGACCGAAGGCGUGCACAACUUGGUCAAGAUUGGAGUACCCGAAGUUGUAGCGCAGCAGCUGGUCAAAGAAUUUCUGGAAAUCGCUAAGUCUGACGUGUCCGUUAUAAGCGAGACAAUCGCUGAAGGGGGCUACGAGAAGGCGGUGGCCAACCUGCACAAGUAUGCGCCGCCGGUCUUUGGCCUGGAAGAAUGGGCUAUCAAGAACAGAGCGCUGUUUAGCUCUUGA